CUCCUUUCUCUCCUGUUCCUCCCUCCCCCCUCCACCGCCAGGGGACUCCGAUCCCUUUGUCUCAGCCCCCUCCGUUCCUGCUUCUCCCCAGGAAUUUCCCCGCCGGCAAAUAACGACCGAGUGCUCUUCACCCGAAGUAUUCUGCAUUUUUUUUUGGCGCACAGUGACGACGAAAGAUGCAUUGACACCUUGUAUCAGUCUGGAGGAUUCGCUCAAUAAUAAUUUUUCUUUUGCUUGUUUCAAGACUCUAUUGCAUUCAGUGUCUCGAUCCCGCUCCGCUGCAGGUCGGCGACCGCUUCCAUCCCAGGCUUUUUAAAAUUUCCCCUCACCGCGCGCUCCUUCAAAAAUGGCAGUCCGUCGAUUUCGUCGCAUCACCAUCCUCGCCUCCCUCCUGGGUGUAUUCCUUCUCUACCACUUUCUCUCCAUCCGCCCGGAGCUCUACACCCGCAGCGCUACCCAGCUCCGCACUCCGCAGACCACCCCGCAGAGCGCUCCAAAUGAGCCGCCCGAAUGCCCCCCUCUCGAGGGGAUCGAAGAUGUCCUAGUAGUCAUGAAGACAGGUGUCACCGAAGCCCUCGACAAAGUCCCGGUUCACUUCCAGACAACCCUGCGCUGCGUCCCGAACUAUAUCAUCUUCUCGGAUUUCGAAGAAGAAAUCGAAGGCGUCAAAAUCCAUGACGCUCUCCGCACUAUGGACAGCACUGUCCGAGACACCGUUGCCGACUUCAACCUCUACAACCGUCUCCGCGAACAAGGUCGCGCCGGUCUCGAAUCAGCCGACUUCGCUGAUGAAGCCAACUCCAACAUUGGCAAGCCUAAUAAUCCGGGCUGGAAGCUCGACAAAUGGAAAUUCCUUCCCAUGGUGCAACAGGCCCUCACCUACAAGAAUAACGCCAAAUGGUAUGUCUUCAUGGAGGCAGAUACCUAUUUCUCGUGGCCGACACUCCUCGAAUGGCUCUCGCAUUUCGAUCCUAAAGAACCCCACUACAUCGGCACUGAGACCCAGAUCGCAGACGUCAUCUUUGCGCAUGGCGGUUCCGGCUUCGUUGUCUCCAACCCCGCUAUGCAACUCGCCUCGAACGAGUACGCGACCCGCACCGUAGAACUGAACGAGUACACCGACUGGCACUGGGCUGGCGACUGUGUCCUAGGCAAGGUUCUCGCUGACGCCGGUGUCACCCUGCGCUACUCAUGGCCUAUCCUGCAGAACUCCAACGUCGGAGAAUUGGACGAGUUCGCCAAGGGAUUCUACCGCAAGCCAUGGUGCUUCCCCGCAGUAGCAUUCCACCACCUGACAUCUCAUGAGAUCCAGGAUCUCUACGAGUUCGAGAAACGCCGACGUCGACAGGCCACCAGCAACAUCCUCCUCCACCGCGAUGUCUUUAAAGAACUCAUCUACCCUGAACUCUCCAACGUCCGCGACAGCUGGGACAACCUCUCCGACGAGGAACACCCCAAAAUCACCGACUUCCACGAAUGCAAAACCCUCUGCUCCAGCUCCCGAAGCUGCGCGCAGUUCGUCAUGCGCGACGGCGUCUGCUUCACGGGCGAAACGCCCCGACUGGGAGUCAGGAACCCGACAGCCCGAUCUGGCUGGAUCCUCAGCACGGUCGACCACAUUAUGGACAACGCGCCGCGCUGUCCUCAUCCUGACUUUGGACUCUGAGCGUGUUUCCCCCUUCUUGAAAUUCGCGGGACGAAUUAUCCCUUUACCAUUAUCUUUUCUUCUUCCUCAAAGAACCAAAACACACUCAACAAUCAGAUUCCUGAUUCAGGUGUG